UUCAUUUUGCCUUACACAGCCAAAUCAGUGAGAGGUACCAGAGCUGCCACUGUGGCUGCAGGCCCCUCCAGAGGUGUCCUGAAAUCAUCUUCAGCUGCAGCAAAUGGAGGCAACAUGAGACAACCUGUUGCAUCCACUGCUGCAAAAGCAGGUGGGGCCAGGCCCCCCCGACGGGAUCCCUGGGACCUUAGGGGCAAGGUCAGUGACAUGGAGGACAAGCUCCGCAACUACCAGACCAAGUACAAAUCUACGAACCAGGAAAAUGAACUUCUGAGAGACUCGGUAGCCCUGAGCCAAGCAAGGGUGGCUGAAAUGCAGAUGGAGCUCGAGAGUCAGAAGAAGCAGAUCCGCGAGUAUCGGGGAGAGCUUCAGGUCCUCGCUGGGGUUCGUGAAGAGCUUGAGAAAGUCUCCAGUGAACUCUCCAACUUACAAUCCAAAUAUAAAGUCAUGGAGACUCUCACAAAUGCUCAAGAGACAGAGCUGCAAACUUUGAGGAUGAAGGUUUCGAUGCAGGAGUCCACUCUGGCCCACCUGCAUGUAUCUCUCAGGGAGAAAGAAGAACAGAUCUGCUCCCUCCAAGCGACUGUGGUCCAGCAGAAGGAUGAGCUUCAUGCCGGAGAGAUGGAACGUCGGCAACUCCACAACACCAUCCAGGAGCUCAAGGGCAAUAUUAGAGUUUUUUGCAGAGUGCGCCCACUUGCGGAUGGAGGCCUGAGUAAGCACAUCCAGCUCCCACCGGCUGACAAUAAAUCAAUAACACUGGCUAAAAUGGAGGAGUCUCACACAGGCAAAACUGACAUUCAGAAGACUUGCUACAGCUUCAGUUUUGACAGAGUAUUUGGCCCACAGGCUUCACAGCAGGAGGUCUUUGAUGAGAUCUCCCUGUUAGUGCAGUCUGCGCUGGACGGCUACAACGUGUGCUGCUUUGCCUACGGCCAGACUGGCAGUGGGAAGACGUACACCAUGGAGGGAGAGGAGCACGGGGAGUCCAGAGGUGUAAUUCCCCGCGCUGUGCAGCAGGUGUUCAAGACUGCACACAAGCUGGAAGCACAAGGCUGGGAGUUCACCUUUACAGCUAGUUUUGUCGAGAUCUACAACGAGACUCUUCGGGAUUUGCUCUACACUGAGAAGACCAGCAAGAGGCCUGAGCUCGAAAUUCGGAAGACGAACAAUGAGAUGACCGUCACAAACCUGACGUACAAAAAAGUCACCAAUGAGGAUCAGGUGCUCGGCCUGAUUUCUUUGGCCAGUCACAAUCGCUCCACGGCCCAGACAACCCAGAACGAUCGCUCGUCUCGCUCCCACUCAGUUUUCCAGCUGGAUAUUGAGGGAGUGAACGAUGGCAGGGACGUCAAAUGCAAGUCUACCCUGUGUCUGGUGGACUUGGCCGGCAGCGAGCGACUGGAGAAGAGCCAGUCUCAGGGUGAGCGCUUCAAGGAGAUGACGGCCAUCAAUGGCUCCCUGUCCAACCUGGGCAGGGUCAUCACUGCGCUGGCCAACAAGGAGAGCUACAUUCCAUACAGGACCUCGAAGCUCACAUACCUCCUGCAGGGCUGCUUGGGCGGAAACAGUAAAACGCUGAUGUUUGUGAACAUCACCCCGGGGCCAGACAGCUUCGGAGAAUCGCUCAACUCCCUGAGGUUUGCCAGCAAGGUCAACGACUGUGUCAUUGGCACAGCUUGUGCAAACAAGAAGUAGAACUGCUUUAUUAUUAUAGUCACUGUAACUUCCCCACUGUGCUGUUUGGCCCACGCUGUGGUGCCAACAUGUAUCCUGCACAAACUAAAUCUUUCUGCAUAUUCUCAGAGCCUGUAUCAGUGGCUACUUGUACAGGUAUUGUGAAUUUCUUAUGCUUGUAUGUAAAUCAAGUAGAUGUGCACCUGUGCUUCCUGGUCACUUGAUUUUUUAAUGCAUGUAGGAUCCUUGACUGAUAAGACUUUUUUUAACCAUCCAUAUGAUUCAGUUUUUUUGUUUGUUUGUUUGUUUUUUAGGUUUCGGGAAAAUAUAGCUUGUACAAUAUAUAGCAAAUAUUUGCAGGCCUUUUUAAGAAGUGGUUUUAUUUUUAUGUUGUAUUUCUUGAUAUGAUAAAACAGAUGUUUGUAUGUGCCAGAUGUUAUUUCAAACAAGCUACUGUUAAGGUUUCAAUAAACGUGAAGCACAUUACAGCAAA